UUUGCCCCUUCGGGCUCAUAAAUACAUAAAUAUAAUAAAUACACUAAGCGAUACUCAUUUGUCUGAGCGAAGUACAUGGAGUAGCACACAUCGAGGACCAGUUCACCCCCAGCUUUUUCGGCACUGUGUCAUCAGCGAACAUAAAUAACCCAUUUGCCAAUUAAAAAAUAACAGACAAACGCUUAUCGCAAUCACAAUAAAAUAAUAGAUAGUACUCCAAUCACGCGAAGCAUCCAUAAAUCGAAGCAAACAUGUCGCAGAUCUAUCAGAAAUCGGAGGUUGCGGAACGCAAUGGCAAAAACGGGCAGCCAGUCUGGAUGAUCUACAAGGGCAACGUGUACGAUGUGACCAAUUUUAUUAAGGAUCAUCCGGGCGGCCCAGAGCUCAUACUGGAGGUGGCCGGCAAGGAUGCAACCAAGGCGUUCAACAAUGCCGGACACUCGCCGGACGCAGUCCAGCAGCUGAAACAGUACAAAAUCGGCGAAGUUGCCAUCGAUGCGCAGCCCAAACCGCAAACGGCCAACGGCAAAUCCGCCGAGCCGGGUCAAACGAAGCAGCCGCUGCCGCAGCCGCAGCAGGCGGAGAAAUCGGGCGGUUUCCUGUGCUGCUGCUGAGCGCAGUUUACAUUUCCUUGUAAAUAAUUGUUGUUAUUGUUUUGUUUAUUAACAUAGCUCAGGUCGUUUAGUGUAUAAUUAUUGUGUAGAAGAGCAGCGGGCGCCCGCCAAAUAGUCAUUAACUAAUAUCGUCUAGAAUAAGAAGAAGAUCAACGUUUUGUUGCGUAACGCAA